AAAGUUGCUGAAAUAUUUUAAAACAUAAAGAAAUUUAGUAGAAAAAAAUCUUAAAAAGGAAAAAUAAAUAAAAUUUAUUGAAAUGACCAAUUUAAAAAUGUUUAUAUUACUGGAUAAUAGUUUUACAUGUUAUUGAGUUUCAAACAACAACAAGAUUCAGUAAAAGAAAUCACUGAGCUGUGACACAGAUAGAAACGUGCAAAGUGUUGCUAACACAUAUAAUUUAUAUAAUUUAGACAUAAAUACAAACAUAUAAAUAUACAUAUAAAAAACGGCAACAACAAGUGAAAUAAAUUUAUAAAAUUUUGUAAUAUAAAAGAGCAUAUAAUAAUAUGAAUAUAUGAAUGUGUUUGUAAAAUAAAUGUGUAACAUUAUAUGGUGUUUACAAAAGAAAUUUGAAUAAAAAACAACACAACUCUCACUCAUAGAAAUAGCAAAGCAUACAAAUGAUAAUUGCAUUUGUAUAAGUGUAAAAACAUUUGAAAGGUGUGUUAUAAUAAUAAAAUAUAGAAAAAGAAAAGCAAGAUUACGAGACAGACUGACAGACAAACUUAAAAUCAUUUGUUGAAAAGUUAAGAAGAUCAACAUCAUGCUGCUGCUGUUAAUGGUGAUGAUGCUGUACUAAAUACCAGACAAAGUUUUUAAACAGGAUUAAAAUUGCAAUGUUUAAAGUAAACAACAACUACGAUUAGUGGAGAGGAAGUAUGCUUUAUAUUUAUUUAUCUGCUUUUAAAUAAAAAACGAGGAUAAACAUGUUCAACGUUAAAUAUUUGUAUGCAUCCAUUUCCAAUUGAUAGUCACCAAACGGAUAAUAAAAGAGAGACUGGGGAUGAAAAACCGCAAUAAAAAGGAUUUGAUUUUUAAAUAUGCAGAAACAAGAAAAAAGACGCGAAUUGCGUCUGAAAAGAUUUUGGCGUUCGCCGAAAACCACAUCAUCCGAAGAUUCUACCGGAUACGAAAGUCCUACACGAGCAAAGGUCACAAAUGAUGCUCAACGUUUUAAUCAUUUGCACUACACCAGUCUGGCCCAAAGUGCACCCAGCCAUGAGGCCGACAGCGAAGGUGGCGGUGUGUCAAAGGUCAAAACAUCUAUAGUGGGCGGUGCUAACAAUUUAAAUAAUAAACCUACAUGUUCGCUGCCUCUGCUGCAAGUAUGGCCCAGCCAGCCACUUUUAAGACAGGAAGGCUUUAUACAGUUGCGUCGUAACAGCGGUCCCGAAGGUCAAAGGGAUUCUCCCAGGGGCGAGGCUGAUGGCCAAUCAUUUAUUUUCCCUGCCAUUGCGGAGACAAGCACUAGCAGUAGCAGUGGUGGUGGCAACAGUACCAGCACUAGUGUGGGGACAACUUUGACUACCAGCACAUCGGGCAAUAGCAGCAAUAGUACAUCGGGCAAUCAUUUGACUCUGAAUACGGGAGAUAGGCGCAAUUCACUAUUCUGUGAUACUCUGCAUGCGGGAGAUUCGGGUAUUGACUCGGUGCAGGCUUCACCCUCACCUAAUGCUCUGCCUCCCCCACCGGGUUCGGCUUUGAUGAGCAUUAGUGGUAAUGGACCUACUAUAGUCGAUUGUGGAGCCAUUAGUUCCUGUAAUGUUUCACCUGCCACCACGCCCACACAAGGUUCCCCCAAUUUAUCCCUUAGAGGCCAUAGGAUGGGAGCAAGAGCUAGCAUCAGUAUAGGUGCACCAAAUUAUCGCCGCAAAUCCAGUGCUCUUCUACAUCCUGAUCAUGCGCGUCUAUUUGCAUUGCGCAUGAAACAUACAGCGGCUCUGGAGAGAGCCCAAACAUCGCCCGAUCAAACUUCGAUCGAGGAUGCGACUGAGUUUCAUGACAAUGGUCUGGCUAUGAAUUUGCGUCUCUGUUCUGCCUCGUCGUCGACGACGUCGUCGCUUACCUCCGUGGCCGCAGUUAGCUUAGGCGGAGGUGUGACCGCACACCAGUCCUCCUCCUCUGCGGCUGCAGCAGCAGCCUUAGCAGCGGCCGCUGGUGCGGGGGCGCAGCAGCGAGUCUCCGAUCCGUGGCUACAGCCGCAAUCAGAUCGCGAACGUGAUUCACGUCACGAACGCCGUCGCUCCUCGACCAUGACUGCCCGCUACUCCCUCUUCGAUGCAUUGGAUUUGGAAUAUGCUCUGUUAAGAGCAGCAGCACGCGGUUCGGUGGGUCCCUAUUCGCUAAGUGAGUCCAUACACAAAUUAACCUUCACACAAUCUCUAGCGUUUCCGGCUUUAGCACGUGGCCUGGCUUCCAAACGUAGACGUUCCAAUACGCGCAUGAGUUCGCGUCCUCUAAAUCCCAAUGAAUCCGGUCUGAAUACCUGCGCCAAAGUGAUAACAGCAGUCAUCUUAGUGGCCAUUUCUUUUAUGGUAUUUCUGAUAGUCUAUAAGUUUGUGCGUACGUGAGGUUUACUCCUGGCCCCGACCGAUUUCCCAGUAACAUAUCAAAAUGCUUAUUCACUAACAUCUACAAGCGUACUAACGGGAAAUAAUGCUUCUAAGCCAUUGUCGGGGUUCAGGAGAGUAUUGGGUAUAAAGGAUAGAUAUUAGUAAAGCACAAAAACUAAAAUAAAAUCAAUAAUUUAAAUGUUGAAUUGUGAUACAAUCCCCAAAUUACAGAAAAUAUUAGAAGAAGAAGUAAAAAUUCUAAACAUUAAACCAAUAACUGACUAAUAAAUGUGUUAACAAAGUUCAUAACAUUUUUAAACAACUAGAUAACAUUAAUUAAUAAAAAUAAAUUAACAUAUUCCAAAAUAAAGAAGAAAAACUGAAUUAAGACAAAAAAAGCCAAGAUUAAAAUAAAUUAAUUCAAUGGAAAAUUAAAUGCAACUCUAAAUGCCUAAAGUUUAAUAAAAUUAAUUAUAUAUUAAUAAUUUCAAAUUUUUAAAACAUUUAUAGUUGCAUUAUAAAACAUACAAUUUAGUAACUGUUUUAAUAGGAACUGUGAAUAGCCUAAUUACCGAGUAGUGUUUUUCUAUUUUAUAUAUUUUACUUUAUUUUCUUAAACAAAAUUUUAAGCUUUUUUUACAAUUUAUCUUAAAUUAAUUAUAAACAAAAGGUUUCCCUUUUUCAACUAAAAAUGCUCAAAAUUCUAUUAAGAUUUUAUUUUUUGUUUGUAGUUUUAUUUUUCGGCUUUAUGAUUUUAUUGUAGAUAUAAAAAAUUCUUUUUUAUUAAAACCAAUGGCAAAUUAUAAAACUUUUUAUCUAUUUAAAGUUGUAGUGGUCCAGUUAA